UAAAUAAAUGUAAAAAAAUGUACACCUUUUAGCUCUGAAAUUUAGUGAGGCAGAGACCUACAAAGUAGCAAACAUUUGAAAUACUCAAGUAAAGAACACGUCUCUUAAACUUGUACUUAGCUAAUUGAGUCAAUCUACUUAGUUGCUUUACACCCCUUAUACUAAUAAUAACUGCGCUUUUUGCUUCAUGACGUGUGCAUGUUUUGAUGCUGGCAUCCUGCUAAAUGAUUCAUAAAUCGCCUUGAGACAACUUAUCGGUUAUCAUGGUCCUGCUAUAGACAGGUGUGUCUCAUGUCUUGCCUUCCACCUGUUCGUUUUAUUAUUCUUCUGCAAAUAAUCCGCGAAAGAUUGUUCAGCUUUUACUGCUUGUUUGAGAACAAACCUCAACACUGCAGGUCCAUCAAGGGACAUAACCAAAAUAAAGAAGUUUAGUUUAGUUUUCUCUAGUAGAAGUAGAAACUGCGCAACACACUGAAUGGGGCUGCUCAAUAUCUGAUGCCAUUUAAAAUAGCCUCGGUGGUCUAAUUAUAAACGCUACAUAAACGUGUUAUUUAUUUUUAACAACACCUAAAAGCCAACAGACAUGCAGCGCAGACUUCACUACUACACAAACGUAAUUAGAUCACCUUAACCGAGCUUUUGAAACAUAUAAACCACGCUCUUAAAUGAUUAAUACUUUUGGCUCCCCUCUGUGUGAGGAUAAUAACAAGGUCGUGAUUGAGUUACAAUGCACAAUAGGAGAGAAAAAGUAGAGCUUUGUCUAAUUGUUCGUUGACAGGGUCAGGGGGGAUUGCGAUUGGCUGCUGCCUCCUGAGGCUACAGGGCUGUCGGAGGGCUGGGACUGACACAAGGUGACUGAGGGGAGGCAGUAUAAAAUGCUGGCGCAGUGCAGACUCAUUCAGAGCCCAAAGCAUCAGCCAGAGUCUUCUGUGUGACCUUUCACUGCAGUGUGCGACCACAGGCCAGAGAAGGGAUGACUGCAAAAUCAGAACUAUCAAGCUGGCCGGAGUUCCCAGAGGAUUUCAGCAUGGCUCACAUCAACUCCAAAACGUGGAUUUCUUCUAACUCACUCCAUGCGUUCUCCAGGAGGGACGGUUCUGCAGCCGCGGGCCUCUCGCUGGAAGACCGUGUGCCAAUGGGCCUCACAGAGACUGACUCUGACCGAGCAGAGGAGGGGGUGCAGGUGAGCCACUUUGGCCCGCAGAAACACCGACGCGUCGCAGCCAACGCCAGGGAGAGGAGGAGGAUGAACGGCCUGAAUCAAGCGUUUGACGAGCUGAGGAGCGUCAUCCCCUCAAUGGAGAACGAGAGAAAGUUGUCCAAGUAUGACACCCUCCAAUUGGCGCAGAUUUACAUCAAUGAGUUGUCGGAGCUGCUGACCGGUGUGGUUAACCCUGAGUGCAGGAGUCCUGCGGAAAAGAGGAUGAGUCUGAUCCACUCUCUCACUGCGCAAAGCCAGAGCCCUCUGAGCGGGGAACAGAGGGACCCCUCAGUAGGCCACAUUAUUAUAUUUGGAUCUGACUCUAAUCAAUCAAUUACUUCUUCCAACGGCAGUGAUGGGGAAUCUUUGCACCUCAGUGACAUGGAGGAAAGUCUGAGUGGAAGACAGUGACAGAAAGCUUCUUACUGUUUAUUCUGCAGUGUGUUAUUGGACCAAAUAUUACAGCUUGUAGAAAUAUUGGUCAUAUCAGAUGGACUAAUAUUCUCCUGUCAUCUUAGUGUAGAUGAUGCACUGCCAAUGAAGAAACACUGACUGAUUGUUGUACUUCCUAAGGCCAUGGUGAACUCCCAGAGGCCUUCUUAUUGCACUUUAUGGCCUGAACCAUCACCACAUUUGUCUAAA